AUGAAACCUUCGAUUUUGAUAGAUGGCGGAAUACAUGCACGUGAAUGGAUCUCACCAGCGGUGGUGCUGAAUAUUAUUAACCAACUUAAGAAUAACCCUACAAAGGAUCCUGCCAUAGAAAAGUUGGUCGACAUGUAUGACUGGUAUAUCAUCCCUGUUCUCAACCCAGAUGGUUAUGUUUAUAGCUACACAACAGACCCUUGCUGGAGGAAAAAUCGAAGACAGACUUCCUAUGAUCCUAAAUGUUUUGGGGUUGAUUUGAAUAAAAAUUUUGGUUUUGACGACGAAUCUUGGAAUCCUGCAGUUGGUGGCUCAACAGACCCUUGUGACUAUGAGAGAUUUGCUGGUACAGGUCCUUUCACAGAGAAGGAAAGUAAAGCCCUCAGGAGAGUGAUGGGUAGAAAUAAAAAGAACAUUAAAUUCCUUGCUUACUGGACUUUUCAUAAUUAUGGAAAUAUAAUGUCAUAUCCUAUAGGUUACUCCUUAGAAGAAUUAGCAGAUAAACAAGAUCUACAGGACGCUGGUAAAGUUGCAGCAGCUGCGAUAUUUACUAAGCAUCAAACGAAAUUCAGAGUGGACCAAAAUUCCUUUAUACCAGAAUUUGGUUCAAUUGCUGGAGUGUCAGAUGAUUAUGCAAGAGGUGGAGCAAACAUUAAGUACUCGUAUACAAUUGAACUUAAGAAAUGA